AAAAUUGAUAAGAGGAAAACAAAAAUAAGAAAAAAGUAUAGCGCUGAGAGGCUUUCAUUCUGAGUGAAUAAAAUGUCGCAAAUUUUUGAAUCUCAAACUCUAAAUUUUGUUGGUUGAUUUUCAACUGUUAUGGCCGAUUUUGUUACACAGAGGAGAAUCACUGUAAGAAACCACCACGGUGAAAAUCUGGUUGGUAUAUUACACAAUGCAUUUUCCACAGCACUUGUUAUUGUUUGCCAUGGUUUUCAAUCUUCCAAGGAAAGGAUUCCCAUGGUGAACAUUGCUGCUGCUCUGGAAAAAAAUGGAAUCAGUGCCUUCCGCUUUGACUUCGCCGGAAAUGGGGAAAGUGAAGGUUCAUUCCAGUAUGGUAACUACUACAGAGAAGUUGAAGACCUGCGAGCUAUAGUCCAACACUUCCGUGAGGAGAAAUAUGCAGUUACCGCAAUUGUUGGUCAUAGUAAAGGGGGUAAUGUGGUUCUGCUAUAUGCCUCAAAAUAUAAGGAUAUUGAUACGGUUGUCAAUAUAUCUGGCCGAUUUAACCUAGCCAGAGGAAUGGAGAGUCGCUUGGGCGAAAAUUUUGUACAAAGGAUCAAGCAAGAUGGAUUUAUAGAUGUUAAAAAUAAAAGAGGGAAGAUUGUGUUUCGAGUUACUGAAGAAAGUUUAAUGGACCGUUUAAACACUAUAACCCAUCUGGCCUGCUUAUCAAUCCCUGAAAAUUGCAGAGUGUUGACAGUUCAUGGAUCCAUGGAUGAAACUGUACCGGCAGAAGAUGCUUUAGAGUUUGCUAAGUUCAUAUUGAAUCAUGAACUGCACAUCAUAGAAGGGGCUGAUCAUGAAUAUACUUAUCAUCAAGAUGAAUUGACCAGCUUAGUUUUGGGUUUUAUCAAGUUUCAUAAUGAUAAGGAAAACAAUACAUCUAAGCAGACACGAUUUGGAAGAGUAGAUAAACUUAUCCAUUCUCGAUUCUAGUCCUUGUAGAAUAUGCUGACGCGGUACCUCAUUUUAAUAUAUCCUACUUACAAAUAAAAAUGGAGAGACUCGUCUUGUUUUCUCACUUCUCAAGUGCCCACCAAGCCAAUAAUUAUUGGCUGUCAGAGUUCAAGAAAAUCAACCAAUAUUGGCCAAGUUUCUCAUUAUUGGACCUGAACAGUUGCAGAUCUAACAAGAACUACUGCGUCAUUAUUGCCAGAACCAAUCAAGUCAGUUUCAGUCAUGGCUGGUGGGUCAGUCAAUGGAACUAGUUCGAGCUCAACAAGAGGGAGAAGUUGUGGAUCAAUGUGUAGAGAAGCUUGACAAGGAUGGAGGAGUCAUAGAGUUGUUGAUAUCAAAUGUUUUUGUGGUUAAAAUGUUGUAGAGCAACAAUUUCAUGUGUCAAUCUAGGAAGGAAGUUCAGUGACCAAAUUAUGUCUCCACAAUUUUUCUCAACGACUAAAAUGAGUCUUCACUCAAAUAUUCGUCUUAUUAUUUGCCAGUUUCCAAUACCAAUUAAUCAUUAAGUAUACCUUUAACAAAUAUCUUCAUUUGUUGUAUCUCAAUCCAUCUUACUACUCUACUAUUUUGUACUUUUUUUUUUGUCAGGUAACUUAGUGACUAAACUCACACACCUUAAGUGUGGAGAAGUGGGAAGUUCUUGGCUCGAACCCAUACCGCCAUAUAUUUCAACUUCCCUGCAGCUA